AUGAACAAACAGAGUGUGUCAGAAGAAUGGAACGAACAACGCUCAAAAAAGAUUAAGCGUACAAGUCAAAGUUCGGACGAUGAGAGUGCUCGAGGAGAUGCGUAUACAUCAUUCGAAGAUCGUUGUUUAGCAACAGAGCUGAAAGACACACACGAGGAGCGUCCAUUAUCGUACACAUCAGAUGGUCAUAUCAUUCUCGAAUCAUUCACAUCAGAUCAUCAGCGUGCACAAGAUUUAUUAUUUGCUAUUGCUGAGCCUAUCCAUGAUCUUGAACGCAGUAACAUUUACAAGAUAACGGCAAAUUCUCUUCAUACUGCGAUGUAUUUUGGUUUGAAUACUGAAGGCAUUCUUGAAGAUUUGCGCGAUCUAAGCAAGAUGAAUGUCCCAAUCUGCAUAAUUGAUCUUAUUAAAUCAUGUACAGCUGAAUACGGCAAAGUUCGAUUAGUAUUGAAACAGAAUCGUUACUUUGUUGAAUGUAUCUCCUCACAUGUUUUAACAACAUUGCUGCAAGAUCCUCAAAUCCAAGAGUGUCGAUUGGCACCUAUUGAUGAAACAGUCGAUACAAGCUUGGAAGACUUUGAAAAUCGAUUGGAAAAUGUCCAAUCUACAUCAUUUGAAGUCAAUCAAGCAAAAGUAGUUAUGCUACGAAAACGAUGUCAACAAUUAAAAUAUCCACUGGUCGAAGAUUAUGCUUUUGCUGAAGAUACACUAAUACCAAAUCUCAAUAUUCAAUUGUCUUCAAAAGCUACUCUUCGACCUUAUCAAGAAGAAAGUCUACGAAAAGUAUUCAACAAUGGACGAGCUCGAUCUGGGGUGAUUGUCCUUCCUUGUGGUGCGGGCAAGUCAUUGGUUGGCGUAGCUGCCGCUUGUGCGAUUAACAAACGAUGUCUUGUACUUUGUAAUUCCAAUGUUUCUGUCGAACAAUGGAGAGAACAAUUUAAAAUGUGGUCAACUGCAAAUGACGGCAUAAUACGAUUGCUGACAUCUAAGAAUAAGAAUAAUUUUAAUAAUUCCGGUAUUUGUAUAAGUACAUAUCAGAUGGUCGCCAGCAACACUGGUCAUACAGCCGACACGAGUCGUGUUUUGAAAUCAUUGAAAAAUCAUGACUGGGGUCUUAUUCUUCUUGACGAAGUGCAUAUGUGUCCUGCUGACAGUUUUCGCCGAAUAUUGAAUACAGUGCGUGCGCAUAUCAAAUUGGGUCUGACUGCUACACCUGUCCGAGAAGAUGAUAGGAUUAUCGAUCUAAAUUUUCUGGUUGGACCAUCUUUAUACGAAGCCAAUUGGAUGGCACUGCAAAAUGCAGGAUUCAUCGCUACAGUUCGUUGUGCUGAAGUGCAAUGUGCAAUGACUUCUGAAUUCCUGCGUGAAUAUCGUUUUACUUCCGAUGACUCAUUGAAACGCAGAUUGAGUGUGUUUAAUCCAAAUAAAUUCCGCGCUUGCCAAGCCCUGAUCGAAUAUCACGAACAACGAAGUGAUAAAAUCAUUGUUUUCUGUGAUGAUGUCUCUGCAGUACGAGUUUAUGCAUUGAAACUUGUCAAACCGUUUAUUCAUGGAAAAGUCUCACACAGUGAACGCAUGGUUCUUUUGCAAAAUUUUCAACGCAAUCCAAAGAUUAACACCAUUUUCAUUUCCCGAGUCGGUGAUGCAGCAUUUGAUUUACCUGAAGCAAAUGUAGUCAUUCAAUUGUCCAGCCAUGGCUCUUCACGACGACAAGAAGCACAACGGUUGGGUCGUAUUCUUCGAUCAAAGCGAAAUGCGGGUGCCAGCGGGAAUAAUGCAUUUUUCUAUUCGCUUAUGUCAGAACAAACGGAUGAAAUGAGUUAUUCGUCAGGUCGACAACGCUUUCUGAAAGAGCGAGGCUAUUCAUACGAAAAACUUUCCGAUGCUGACUUAGUUUCCGAUCAGACACAGCUGCAAUUCUCGACAAGUGAACAACAAGAACAGUUACUCCGAGAAGUUCUGACCAUGUCUGAUCAAGAAGAAGACGAGAAAGUGAAGAAACCACCAGCUAAUAAAAAGAAAGCUACACCGAUACAUCCUCUAUUUCGACUGUUCCGAAACAUUCUGUUGGAUAUGGCAACAAAAUAUGAUCCUAUUCCUACAAGCACACCUCCUGAGACGCUUUCUCGAUCAAAUAAAUGGUCUCUUGUAUAUUUGGAUCUGGCCAUUGGUAUGAGUAUCCUUGGUCUCACCUUUCUGAUCAUUUCAAUCCAUAUUCAAAAAGAAAAUGGCAUUGACGGUAUUCAUCGUGCUGGAACAGCGAUGAUGAGCGUUUCAAUCGAAUUAUAUAACUUUGUUCGGUGA